AUGAAAACACAUUGGAAUAAUGGUAUGGACUAUGGCUUCCGAGAGAUAAGAGCAAUAAUGUGCAUGCUUGGAAUAUGGCCUUUGCAGCAGAACGAUUUGGUUUGCACAUUUCGCUGGAUUUUGAUAUUCAUUGUAGAGUCUUUCACAGUGACGAGUGUGCUGAUAGAUUCUUUUAAGAACUGCGGUGAUAUCAACGACAAUUUAGAGCUUUUUCUUAUAAUAGAGGCUUGCUUUCACGCAUGGCUAAAUGUCUUUUUGGCGCGUCUUUAUAAGAAAAAAAUUGCUACCAACGUGAGUUCUGCAAUUGAUGAUUGGUCUUUGUCCAUGAAGAAACAAUCUUAUGUAGUAAUGUUGGAACACGCACGAUUAGGCCGAAUAAUUAUUUUGUUUCAAUUGAUGAUUGGCAUUAUAUGCGCUUUCUUAUAUUUCCCUAUUGCCUUCAUCAGAAGUAAACAACAGGUUGCAAUAAUCGGAAAUAAAAGUACAACUUUAUGGAUUUUUGCCCUUCCGACAUCAUGUUUAUUUAAAGAUAUUUCGUACUCCAUAUAUAAAGCAAUUUUUGUCAUGCAAAUAUUACAAGGAUUUAUAAUAUAUAUGUCAGAAUGCGUAGGCGAUAGUUUUUUUUUCGCUAUUACCAUGCAUCUCUGUGGUCAACUAGAGCUCUUAAGGGUUAACUUCGUUGAAGUCGGAAGAAAAAUUACUGGAAAAAUUCAGUAUCGAAAUUUUUUGGGGCAAUGGAUCAGGAGACAUUAUGAACUGAUAAUAUUGGCUAGAAAUAUCGAAGAUGCCUUUAAUUUGAAUUUAUUGAUUCGCUUGUCAAUAAUUACCGUAUUCAUUGCCAUAUCAGGAAUGCGUGUCAUUGUAUCUGUUAAGCAUCAAGAGUACAUUGACGUAAUGAAAAGUCUAUUGUUUAUCCAAUAUUUUAUCAUACAAUCCUUCCUGUUUACGCACACCGGUGAUGUUUUGCGGAAUAAAAGCGAAUCGAUUGCUUCGGCGAUAUACGACUCAACGUGGCAUGAAUUUUCGUCCACCACAAUGAAAGAUUUAAUACUCAUUAUGAUGAGAACAAAUGUCCCUUUGCAGCUCAGCGCUGGAAAAUUCUUUUAUAUCACGCGAAGCACGACAACGGAUAUUUUGAAAACUGCUUUGACGUACAUAUCAUUUUUACAAGCGACGAUGGAGAAAUAAUUG